CAAAAUACUUCUGUCUCCCACGUCCACGGCUCCGUAGCGGCGGCGGAAAGCACACGGGCUGCAGUCUCGCCGGCGGCGAACGGGCUCAAUGAGGCGGCUCCGCAGUCUCGCCGGCGGUAGGAGCAGGACCUACGCGGAGCGCUUCCCUUCCCUGCUCGACCUGCUGCCGGGCCUCCACCUUCCACCCGCCCCCCACGACGAGUACCAGCAGUCCCCUCCGCCGCCGUCGCUGCCGCGCACGGAGGUGACGACGCUUCCCAACGGAGUCAGGAUCGCUUCGCAAGAUAUCCCGGGUCCGCUGUGCUGCGUCAGCGUGACGGUCGCCGCAGGCUCCGUCCACGAGACUCCCUCGUCGGCCGGCGCCGCCUACAUGCUGGAGAAGCUGGCUUUCCACGAGACCCAGAACCGCGGCCUCGGGGAGAUCGCGCUCAGUGUUGAGGCCACAGGGGGCAAGCUCGGCGCGGAGGCCGAGAGGGAGAGGAUGUUCUACAGGUUCGGCGCUCUCAGGGCCAGCCUGGCGCUAACCGUCGAGGUGCUCCUCGACUGUGUCCGCAACCCCGCCUUCCUCCGCAACCAAGUUCGGAGCAAGGUGGCUGAAGCUCGGGAGGAGCUGUCGUUCCUGGAGAGUGAUCCUGAAUUGUUUCUCCGGGAAUCGCUGCACCGUGUUGGUUAUUCAGGCGCCCUUGGAAACCCGCUGUUCCCUACAAAGGAAGCCCUCGCGAGGAUUGAUCGUGCUGCCAUUCGCAGUUUCUACUUCGAAAACUAUACUGCGGACCGCUUGGUUUUAGCUGCAUCAGGCGUGAACCACCAGCAUUUGCUCGACAUUGCAGCACCCUUGUUGUCUGAUCUGCCCAAGGGGUCGCCUGUCCACAAACCAAAGUCGGCAUAUACUGGUGGAGAUUUCAGGCACAAAUCUGACUCUGAGAUGACGCACGUGGCAAUGGCGUUUGAAGUUCCAGGAGGCUGGCAUCAGGAGAAAGCAGCUAUAAUCAUGAAAGUCAUGCAGACAUUGAUGGGUGGCGGAGCUUCAUACUCCAGUGGUGGUCCCGGGAAAGGAAUGCAGUCCCGUCUUUAUCUCCGGGUUAUGGUUGAGUAUGAUUGGAUGCAAUCAAUUUCAGCAUUUAGUACUGUAUAUGAUGACACUGGUCUGUUUGGUAUUCAUUUGGCCGCGCCAUCCGAUCUUGUCGCUGAGGCUGUUGAUAUUGCUAUUAGAGAAUUGACAGCAAUUGCAAGACCUGGCGAAGUUACAGAAGCAGAGCUCGGUCGAGCAAAAAACUUGACGAUUUCAUCCAUUCUACAGAACCUCGAAUCCAGAGACAAUCAUGCAGAGGACAUGGGGAGGCAAAUCCUGGUUGAUAGUUCAGGGAAGGCGAGCCAGGACUUGUUGGAGCGCAUUGACGAAGUGACUCUGGACGAUAUCACAUCGGUUGCACAAAAGAUGCUGUCCUCGUGCCCUACCAUGGCGAGCUGGGGAGAUGUUGACAAGGUGCCUACGCAUGAAUACGUCCAAAAGCUGAUCGAGUCGCCACCUAGUGACCUGAUGUGGAUGUUGAAGAGCUUCUUUUCUUGACAUCAGCUUGAGGUGUGGGACUUGCUCCUAUCUUACCUAAGGAUUUGGCAGAUCCCAUUCAAAAACUUGGAAUGGGGACUGGUGGAAAAGUUCAAAAGCGCCCUGGUGAGAAGACUGAGGAUGGUGCCGUCGCUGAUGCCGGACUGAAAUGCACAUCCUUUGACUGGAUUUCGACCUGGAAGUCAUCCACGGCUUCUCUCCAUCAAGGACGCGCCUCUGAAGCCUACCUGCUGAAGCACCCAGAGGAAUCCGACGACAUCCAUGUGGUGAUCUGAUGGCAUGGCUUUGGCGUGAAGGGGGCAGUGCUUUAGUGCUUUUUUCGUAGCUAUUGCUGUUUCUGCUUCUUGGAAGCUAGGAAUAGCUGGAAUGUAAGAGUUUUAGGGUGGAUCGUUUUCCCGUUGGUGUCUGUCCUUUCUCCUGGAGUUUUCAGGUGUUUUAAGACCCUCAGCUUAGCUGGUGGGCUGGAUCUUUAGUUUACAUUGCUGUUAAAACGCUUAUGUGUUUCAUUUUCAAUAAAGAAAAUGGAGCUGGGGAGCGCUC